AUGCGCUUCGGGGCUGUUGCGGCCUAUGCCGCAUUCGUAGGAUGGAUAGGGGUCGGACUGGCACACAACAUCCAGCUUAAAGCGCACACGAGAGAGUGCUUCCACGAGGAAUUGCACAAAGAUGACAAAAUGACGGUGACGUUCCAAGUGGGCGACCGCGAGUCUGGCGGAGCCGGAAAUUUGGACAUUGAUUUCUACAUCAUCGACCCCUCUGGAUCCUACGAAACUCAGAUGAACUCUGUCUCUUCUGGCGACUAUUCCUUCGAUGCCCGCAUGGACGGCAAAUACAUGUACUGCUUCAGCAACGAGCAUUGGUCCGCCAACAGCAAGGAGGUCUCAUUCAACGUCCAUGGUAUAGUGUACGUGCCGGAGUCGGAGGCGCCACAAGAUCCCCUCGAGCAAGAAGUCCGUAAACUCUCCGAGCUCAUUGCCCAAGUCAAGGACGAACAAGCCUAUAUCGUGGUCCGCGAACGCACGCACAGAAACACGGCCGAAAGUACCAACUCCCGAGUCAAAUGGUGGUCGAUUUUCCAACUGGGCGUUCUGAUAGGAGAGGGGAUAUUCCAAGUCUGGUGGCUGAAGCGUUUCUUCGAGGUGAAUAGCCGUCCCCUUCCAUAA